AACUUGUAUUCGGAUUUACUGUACUUGAAUUCUGAAAGCUUUGCUUACAAGCAUUUUCCUGUUCGAUUCGGCGACAGACGCGCAAUCAUGCGAACCUCCCGGGCGCUCGUAGUUGAACAGGGAUUGCACACUACCAGUAUCUCAUACACCUCAGUGCACCGAGCGCACAAGGUCCCAGCGACUUGUCACGUAGGGUUUGCCAUGAUGCGCCCUCGCAUGGCUGUGUCUGCGGAGUCGUAUGGGCCCAGCACGAGCGGCACCAUGGCUUCGCUUGUAUGCAACCAUGCUGCCAGACGAAACAUGCGAAACGUGGUAGCAGCCGCUUCACCAGCUGGCCAACUUCAGCGUCCGGGCUCAAUGGGCAAAGUAGGCGUAGUCAUCGUGGACCAUGGUUCGCGCAAAAAGGUCUCCAACGAAAUGUUGGUUGAGUUCGGGCAGCUGUACGGCAAGCUAACCGGCGAGGAGAUCGUUGAAAUUGCGCACAUGGAGAUCGCGAGUCCCACCAUCGAGGAAGCAGUGGGUCGCUGUGCGGCUCGCGGCGCCAGCACCGUAGUGGUCGCACCGUACUUCCUGUCCCGCGGCCGACACAUCCAACAGGACAUUCCCGCGCUGGUGGCGGAGGCGGCGACUCGUCACCCGGGCCUUACCUGCGUCAUUGCGGAACCCAUAGGCAUUGAUCCGCUCAUGGUUCAGCUGAUCAGCAAUCGGGUGGCAUCGGCAAUACAAGGAUUGAUGAAGGCGGAGGACGAAGAUGGCAAGCAGGCUGGCGGAGCGGUAGCACCGGCAACAACGGAUGCGUAGUUGUAUGCAGUAUGCAUGGAAGCGAGGAAGCUGGGUGGUUGAUAAGCACAGGCCAAGUGCGUAACGAGAGGCUCUGACCCAUGGGUCACAAGGGGCAGCGCGAGGAGGCAGAGCGAUGAUGCAGCACUGGCUCCUUCCCACAAGUUUGUGUUGGUCGCUGUUGCCGCGAUAAAAGGGGAGCG